UGACGAUAAAAACUAUAUAAAUCCAAUCGCCGAAAAAUAUUUAAAUUAUUUAGCAUCCAACAAUCAGAUUCGUCUAAUCAAAAUAACUACUCUCAAUAAAAGUUUCAAUAUGAAAUACACUUUUUUUGCUAGUGUAGCGGUUCUAUUUAUCGCACAGACUCUGUGCAUGUCGGAUGAAGAACAGAAGCUUCUUUUCAAUCUACACGCAGCAUGCAAACCGAAGACUGGAGCUACAGACGAAAUGGCGCAAAGAGCUAUGGUAGGAGAUUUUCCAGAUGACCCGGCGUUCAAAAAGCAUGUCCUGUGCAUGACCCAGGGUAUGGGUGCGAUGGACAGUGAUGGCAAUUACAUACUGGAAAAUAUUAAUAAAAAAUUGGAUGCUGUCCUAUCAGAUGAAGCUUUAAAAAGUGAAAUUAAGGGUAAAUGCCUUGUGACUAAAGAAUCGCCUGAAGAAACAGCUUUCCAGAGCGCAAAAUGCUUCUUCAGCUACAAAGAUGUUUUUUAAAUAUGUUAUCACAUAUUUAAUAUCUUUUGGAUUUCCAUUGUAAUUUCACAAAUAUAUUAUUAGUUAAAUAAAGUAGACAACUAUUCCUUUAGAUAUGGAC